UCCGGAUCCAGAUGCGUCAUGAGUAUCUCCAAGGUCUGGUCUGGUUCCGGCGAAUCCUGCAGGUCUUUGUCCUUGAACAAAGUGUAAAGAUACCAGCAGUCCGUCUCCGGUGAGCCCAAACAGUAAGCUUCGCCGUCUGCAAUGCAUAGAUAUCGUCAGCUUGCUUAUCGCAAUCUGUAAGACAGAUUGAGCGAUGGUCGAUUCUAUCAGGCACGAGGCAAGGAGCCGAGGGAGAUGCCGAUCGCGAGUGGACUCUGCAAAUACACUGAAGUUAAGAAGUACUCGAAGAUCGACGAAGAAUGAAGGACAGAUUAAAGGAAACUCCAGCAGAAGUGGCGAGUUUGACGGCUGCGGUGAUCCUCGUCGCACGUUCAGCUGUAACGCGCGUUGCUUCAAGUUCAAGCAGCAGACUUUCGGCAGAUAUGUCUUCCAAGUACGCGACGUGCGCUCGUGUGAAACAUUCUGCUUGCUACCCGCGACAGUUACUUCUGACAACGACGGACACCGAGGAUGCGACGGCGAACGUCGAGGUUCCAGGAUAUAUCCUGUUUUAAUCUUCCUCUAUCCUGAUCUUCUGUACUGAAGGAAAGAACACUUGAAGAU